AUGGACUCGCUGUCUUUCCGUCUGGUGCGGCCCAUGAACCGGCUGACGCAGCUGGCUCUCCUGAAGCACUUUCAGUGUCACCCGGAGCAGCUGACGGCAUUCAACGCAAAGUUGAUUCAGCGGUACGCACUCCUCGACUACGUGGAUCACCGGACGAUGCUGGAGAUUCUCACAAAAAUGGCGAAACAGCCGCCUACGACAGCGUCGCUUAUCGGUCUCCGGCAGACCCUGCAGGCUGUUCAGCGUUUCCCACUUGCUUUGGAGGCGGACAAGCGAGCAUUUGAGACCGAGUUGCUGAAUUCUGUACUCGCGACACCAGCGGACACGCUUUCGUCCGUGGAAUACGGUGCUCUGUGGUCGUUCACCACACAAACCACGGCGUGGGAAGAUGUGUUGCGGCUGUCAAACACCUUUCCUUUGCAGAGCACCCUCCCGCUUCAGAGCGAAAGGGAAUUUCGCAUCGUGUUGAACCAAAUGCUCAUGUCAGCUAUUCCUGUUGCUUUGACAUCACCCGUGUCUUCUUCCAUGGACUCGCAGCCGCGUGGUGUGCGGCUGCUGAAGGAGUUGGUGGGAGAAGAAACGGCUUUAAAGCGCGCAUUUGAUGGCAUUGUUCACUCCGAUGCCUGCUGGACAGAACGGGAAUCUGCCGUGUUCACAUUUGUGGGUGUUGUGCACGCAUUGGGACGGUGGCCGAGCGAACACAUCCCUGAGGAAAAGGCGUGGAAACAGCUUGCACUGCACCCAACAACAUCUCAUGAUGUCGAUCUUCACCAGCUGCUGCGGGUGCUGGUGCGGGUGUACAGUCCAUUGGUGCCGGAGUACGUGCGGGAGUCUCUUGACGAGGCCAUGAGCACCGACUUGUGGCGCUGUUACUCCGAGCUGCCAAACGCGCCGGUGGCUGUGUUUUUUGGGUUGGGGGAGCCGCGGCUGAGGUUCCCCGACGAUCAAAAAACGGAGGAGGAGCAUGCGAUGGAUCGUGACGAGAAGACGCAGGAAGGUUUAGCGACAACCUCUCAAUCACGGCAAAUGCAAGAAGCACUACGACGGCUGCAUGAACGUGCUGUGGAGAAGCAGCUCCGCAGCGACGGACCACCGCUGGGCGUGUCAGUGCUCAUUAAUCUUCUCAUCAGUAACACUUUCCUGCGGGUUCAGGGAGAUCUUUUCCAUGCUAUUAUUGCAGCGUUAAAGGGUGCGUUGGCAUCGCCAUCAUCAUUGCGAUCGGUGACUCCGUUGCAGGCGGCCAUUAUUGCCGCAUGCCUGAAUCAAGUACAACAAAUGUUAACGGGAACCCACGCAUCUUCUUUAACUGUGGGUGAUACAGGCAAAGACAUGGAGGCGAUUGCGAGGCUUCUUUUGCCGCUUUUGAGUUACAAGCACAUGAAAGAUCAUGGCUCUGCGCGAUGUGUGUCGAUGUUACUUUGUGACUGCCCUUGCUGGACACGAGAGUGGGGUUUGGAGGAGGGAUGCCUAAAUCUACUGCGAGAACACGCACAGGAUGGUUUUACCAGGGCGCAGCUGCAGAGGAUUUUGAAAUGUGACAGUCACGGCCUUCUGUCGCUUCCGGUGGAGGUGAAAGGGAUCCUUGAGAAGCAGGCCGCAGAAGUGCCUGAGAGGUGA